AGGAUCCUUUCAUCUAUGUCAAAGAGAGCAGUUGCUGCACAUCCUUGGCCUGAUCUCCGGAGUGGAUCUGAAGCUCCAACCAUUGUCAAUUGUGUUGUUGAGAUAUCAAAAGGUAGUAAGGUCAAAUAUGAACUUGACAAAAAGACCGGAAUGAUUAUGGUUGAUCGGAUUUUGUAUUCCUCGGUAGUCUAUCCUCACAACUAUGGUUUCAUCCCGCGCACGCUAUGCGAAGACAAUGAUCCCAUGGAUUGUUUGGUGAUCAUGCAGGAGCCAGUUCUUCCAGGAUGUUAUCUGCGAGCCAGAGCCCUUGGACUUAUGCCCAUGAUCGACCAGGGGGAGAAAGAUGAUAAGAUAAUUGCAGUUUGUGUUGAUGAUCCAGAGUACAAACAUUUCACUGAUAUCGAACAACUUCCCCCUCACCGCCUUACUGAGAUCCGUCGUUUCUUCGAAGAUUACAAGAAAAAUGAGAACAAGGAGGUUGCAGUCAACGAUAUUUUACCUGCAAUGUUGAUAUGA